AUGUCUUCCACCAUCAAUCGAGUCCGUCAUAUCGUUGCGCUUGCGCUCGAUUUGGAAGAGAAGAGAAUCCGUGACACCGCAGACUUCGUGGAUGACUUGGGCGCGACUCGCCAGGAGUUGAGGGGAAUCUUCCGCGAAUUGGAGAAGGAAUUCAACAUCAACAUUCCCACUGAGGACCAGCGUGAGAUCACCAACAUCCGCACUGCUGUGGAAUACAUCGAGGCUCAUAUCUAG